AUGGAUAUAAACCUGUUCAAAUUGUGUUCUGGCCUUAAAGUAAUUGGCUACUUCAUGAUCCUGUUAGUUGCCGCAAUUGUCGCCGUAUCUUAUUACGCCGUCGUUGUACUUACUUGGGGGCCACAGUUGCUUCGCGGUGGAGUCCACUCGUUCUUAGCAUUAUCGAUAAUUAUAGUGUUUCAUGUUCUGCUUGUAAUGUUGGUUUGGAGCUAUAUAUUGGUUGUGUUUUGGGACCCCGGUUCUGUGCCGGAUAAUUGGACGGCAGUAUUGUUGGAGGAGAGAUUGGAGGCUGGUAGUUCUUCAAGAUCUUCUGAUUACGCUGGACCAGAGACAUUGGAUUCUACGCGGCCGUUUUCAGAUGGAUUGGAUGGAGGACCAUCGGUAGCCUACUGUGAUAGGUGCCGAAAUGGGAAGCCGCCACGUUGCCAUCAUUGCUCUGUUUGUCAAAGAUGUGUUCUCAAGAUGGAUCACCACUGUGUUUGGGUGGUAAAUUGUGUUGGAGCACGCAACUACAAGUUUUUUCUUCUUUUCUUGUUGUAUACCUUUCUGGAGACAACAAUGGACACUCUAGUGUUGCUUCCUAGUUUCAUAAAGUUCUUUGGCAAAGCCAUGAAUCAUUCCUCUUCUCCUGGCAAUCUAGCAAUCAUUUUUUUGGCUUUUGUUCUUAAUUUGGCGUUUUCUCUGAGUCUUCUUUGUUUCAUAGUUAUGCAUGCAUCCCUCGUAUCGAGCAACACCACAUCAAUAGAGGUUUACGAGAAGAAAAGAGCAGUCAGAUGGAAAUACGAUAUAGGCAGGAAGAAAAAUUUUGAGCAGGUUUUUGGAACAAAGAAAGCAUUGUGGUUCCUACCAUUAUUUUCAAAAGAAGAUUUAGACAACAUACCUGCACUUCAUGGCCUAGAUUUCCCAACACGUUCUGACGUUUAG